GUUUUCUUCUCCUUCAAAUCUCAAACGCAUCAUCUUCAUCCUUCACUAACAUGUCGGGGCAAUACUCAAUCGCCCACGCCGCCAAUGGCGACCAAACACUUAUCGUAUGCGGCGGCCUCAAAGACUUCAAGGAUACUGCCGAAAACAUACUCAAAGAUGACUACCGAAUCGCACGCCUUCGGGCAAUUGAGAUUUCCAGGAAUGAGAACGAGGACGAUGAAGCCAUAGCCAAGAAAGAAGAACGCCCGGAAGAGGACGUCCGAGCUGAGCUGGCCACCUUCUCCCAAUCCAUGGCGGACAUCCUCAACGCCAUCCACGAAAAAGGAAAACUCGAGUCCUUCAAAUGGUCCGGGCUUCAAUUCGCCAUAAAGAAAACUGCACGAUCCACAGCCUUCUGGGAAGCGCUGUGGAAGCACUCCGCUACUCUCACCAAGCUAGAAUUAGACUGCGAUCAGCGCGAGAUUGGGAAUAUACCCCACCCCACCGCGCCCAUGCCAAACCUCCACACCCUCAACCUGUGGAUGGGUAACGCCUGCGGCGACGACGGCACCAUCGUCAACAAGCUCCUCCACGGCGCCCCCAGCAUCACCGCCCUCGUCCUGUCCCUCCCCGGCUGUGAUCUCGACGGCUGCCGCAUCCGCAAUCUAACCUGGGACUACACCUUCCCUCAGCUCUCCACGCUCCUCUUAAGCGUCUUCAACGUGCCCCUAACGCCCGUCUUCGACUUCCUGCUCCGCCACCCCCUCGUCAAGACCCUCACAUACGGCGUCGACACCUACCGCGACGAGAGCCCGGACGUCUUCCCCAACGCCGCCCUGCCGGCUCUCCGCGCCAUCAAAUUCGAAACCUGCUUCGACGACGACGCCGUCCAAGAAAUCUUCUCCGCAGACGCCGCACGGCCAAUCGCACACGUCUCCAUCCAAAGCUCCAGUCAGCGCCUCUUCCCGCACCUCGCAGCCAUCAGCCCCUCCCUCAAAUGCCUAGAAAUCGAGGCGCGGUGUAGCGAGUGGCGGCCCGAAGAGCCUGACUCGGACUCCUCCGACUCCGAAGAAGAAGAAGAGGAGGAGAAGAAAAAGAUCGAGCCCUCUCCAAGACUCCCUGAAGUCGUAAAGGCGCUGCUCCCCUCGCUCACGGCCCUCCGCGAGCUCGCGAUCGACUUGGAUACCGAUACGCGUAUCUACAGCAAUGGGAAUUGGAAGCAGCAACCGCCGCCCAUGAGUGCUGAUGACCUUAUCUCCGUGCUGGAAGUGCUCCCAGCGAAGUCUGAUAUCCGCGUCGUUCGCUUGUCCGACUCACGUGGCGAAGAGCUCUCGGAGGCGUUCAGGGGAGAUGUGCCGGGUGUGCCGGAGAGUUUGGAGUUUAUUCGGUGGGAUAUCGGGAAGAAGAGGAUUUUGUAUCGGCUUGAGCGGGAGGGGGGGAAGGUGAAGGCUGUGUGGCAUGAGCGGCUGUGGCACAGUACGGGUGGGGAGAAGGCUUGGACGGAUGAGAGGGUGUUGGAGUAUUGAAAUGAGAAAAAGGGGUGGAAUGGGUAGUGGAUAUCAUGAAGAUUGGGGGGAAGUAAAUAGCACUGGUUUUCUGGAUGAACGCAAUGUGAUACAGCAAACAUGAAUUGCCAAGAAACCAUUAUUUUCUACACCUACAGACAGUGGUGAAAAAGAGUUGAAGAUAGAGAGCAAUAGUUUCUUGGCGUUGCCCAAUCCAUAUUGUAGC